CACUCCGAGGACGGAGAGAGGCACGGGGGGAGGAGAGAGUGAGCGCCGAGUGGUGCGAGAGUGAGUGGAAGACUGAAAAAGUCCGUGAAGAAAGAGAGGUUCCUUUUUAACGUUAAUUUCUGUCAGAGAAGUAAGGCGGGUUCGCGGCGGAGAGAUGUCAAACAGCGACGAAGAUGCGGUUGAGACGGAGUAAACAGCUACCGGACAGUUAGCGAAACAAGUUGUUGGAAGAGAAGAGAGCGACGCUUUUCGCCUGGCUCGAGUCGGGACGGUUGACCGUCUUUCUUGAGCAACUUGAGCAGAUUUGAGGCUGCGAGUUACGGGACGAGAGGACCGACGAGGUGCGGGCAUAAAGCGAGUCCUACUUGUGAGAUAGCUGGUUUAGGACCGCACCGAGAGAAAGAGGUUGGGGGGCUAGAGAGUGCCCGGCGGCGGCUAAACGAAUAGAGAGAGCCGCUGGAGCUGAAGCCGUAAAAGUUUGCCUCGUAUCUUCUGCGAGUUCUUCACGAGAUUGCAAAGCAGAGCCGGAGGAAGAGGCCGAGAGACUGACUUUUCUUUCCACAAGCAGCUUUGUGGAAUUUUCCCAGUUUAGCAAACUUUAGCUGUCCUGCCGAAGAGCUAAAGCGGAAAGAAUGAAAACACCUGGAGAUACUGGGUUCGCCUUCCCAGAAUGGGCUUACAAGCCCGAGUCAAGCCCCGGUUCCAGACAGAUCCAGCUGUGGCACUUCAUCCUGGAGCUGCUCAGGAAAGAGGAGUAUCAUGAUGUCAUCGCCUGGCAGGGGGACUAUGGCGAGUUUGUCAUCAAGGAUCCAGAUGAAGUGGCUCGACUCUGGGGGGCCAGGAAGUGCAAACCCCAAAUGAACUACGAUAAACUGAGCAGGGCUCUGAGAUAUUACUACAACAAGAGGAUCCUUCAUAAGACCAAAGGGAAAAGGUUCACCUACAAGUUUAACUUCAACAAACUGGUUUUGGUCAACUACCCCUUCAUUGAUAUGGGCUCCACUGGAAGUAGCGUUCCUCAGAGUGCCCCUCCUGUCCCCACCGGUGCAGGGACCCACUUCCGCUUCCCUCCUUCCACCCCAUCUGAAGUCCUCUCCCCUAACGAGGACCUGCGCAGCCCCGGCGGCAUGUUCAGCUCCGUGGCCCGACGAAUGGCCCGCGGCUCUGUCAGCGACUGCAGCGACGGCACUUCAGCCAAUUCUGAGAUCGAGGAGGGUAACACGGGAGCAGGAGAGGAGAGGGGGGAGAGAGUUGUGAGUGGAGGAGGUGGAGGAGGGCCAGGCGGUGGUGGAGGAGGCUACCGGAGCAUCAUCCACCCCCGUUUGUCUUCUCAUGAAGCCCUGUUCCGCAUGUACGGAGGGCCGGGUAACCCUGCAGGGCAUCCAGGCUCCCGUGGCCCGGCAGCACACCGCAUCCACCCAGAGCCCCUGUCCCCCUUCCCUGCGUCCCCCCUGCCAGGCCCAGGAGGAGCAAGCCUUCUAGCUCCACCUCUGUCUCCGGCACUCUCCAUGACCCCCACAUCUCACCUCCCCUACACUCCCUCGCCCACCCUAUCACCCAUGUUAGGCUCUCACUUCUCCUUUAACCCAGAGGACAUGAAGCGCUACCUGCAGGCCCACACCCAGUCGGUGUACAACUACGGCCUCAGCCCCAGGGCUUUCCUCCAGUACCCCAACAUCGUCAUCCCCCAGCCCCACCGGCCCGACAAGGCCGGUCUGACUGCAGAGAGAGGAGCGGCCGAGAGGGCGGAGAGAGCCUCGACUGUGGGGGGAGGCGAGAGGGGAGGAGACCGGCACCACCAUCCACCCCUGGGUCACCCGACCCACCACCACCCGCAUCCUCACUCUGCUCACCCUCACCCACAUUCCCACCCCAUGCAUCAUCCACUUCACCUUGGUGAGGAGCCGCCGCACAUGUCCCCCUUCAAGUUCAAGCUGCAGCCGCCUCCACUGGGCAGGAAGCAGAGGGAGGGACAGAGCCAGAGUAAACCCAGGCAGAGCUCACUGUCCUCAGGUUCAGGAUCCGGGUCCAUGUCCUCCACCUCUGGCCUGGGCUCCUCGCUGUCAUUCGGCAGUGACUUGAGUUCUGCCAGUGGCUCCGGGCUCAUCUCCGCCUCCUCCUCAACGCAGUCUCUAAACAGCGCGGGACUUCCCAAGAUAAAGGUGGAGCCCAUCUCUGACAUAGACUCAGAGGAAGAGGUGGAGGUGACUGACAUUAGCGAUGAAGACCCGGAUGAAAGAGAUGAAGAGUUUGAGCUCUUCGCCCGUCGCCACCCGAGAGCAUCCGACCACCACCACCUUGCUAACGGCUCAGCCCGGGCCCAGCAACAACCCCACACCGACGAGGACUUAGACGAAGAUGUGUUCAAAGCCCCCGCUCCUCCUCCGCCCGGCCUGAUGCCUUUCUUCACCUCGCAGCACACGCACUCCGGCGUACAUCGCAUGCUGCCCGUCAUCAAGAGCGAACCCGCCGAGCCCGGGGAGAGCAGCACACCCCCGUCUCAGCCCCCCGUGGCGGGGGCUCCCCAGACGAAGUGCAUUCCCCUCAAGCUGCGCUUCAAGAGGCGCUGGAGCGAAGACCAGCGCAUGGAGGCCUCGCAGGAGGAGUCGGAUGAUAAAAAAGUACGACCGGAGGAGGAGAGGGAGCGAGAGAGGCAAAGUAACGGACAGAUGGAGAUGGAGGAGGAUGGGACGGGCAGCGGAGGCGGGGAUAGUCCUCCUAUGCUGGCGUAUGAAGGCUCUUUAGCAGCACCCCUGGCCUCGCACAGGAGGGUGACUGCCGAGCUGCACCGCGCCACUGCACAGCUGUCUCUGGAGAAUAAAGACUGCUGAUGAGAGCCUCAGUCCAAACACUACUGCUCCGGCAGGGCAGGAGGUGGUGCAGGAGUAUGUAAAUGGUUCCUCUGUAAUUCCCUCUCCUCACACUGACAAACUAGAAUCAAGAAACCUCCACUGACCCGAGAGCACACGUCAACAUACACAUGAAAGUAACGCCCCAAAGACAGCCCGACACCUUCUCAUCUCAGGGUGCCAAAUAUGGCCGUUUUGUCAGCCGCUGGUGUCACAGACGGAUGCACGUGAGGUCUCUUUUGGUGUCCGUGCUGCAAUGUUUAUGUUUAUUCUUAGUCACUGUAUAACACCAAGACAGUGUAAACUAGGGGUGGGAGAACGCCAGGCCUCAAGGGCCGGUGUCCUGCAGGUUUUAGAUGUGUCUGUGAUCCAACACAGCUGAUUUAAAUGGCUAAAUUACCUCCUCAAUAUGUCUUGAAGUUCUCCAGCCGCCUGGUAAUGAACUAAUCAUUUGAUUCAGGUGUGUUGACCCAGGGUGAUAUCUAAAACCUGUAGGACACCGACCCAAGAGGCCUGGAGUUCUCUACCCCUGGUGUAAACAGUGCAUACAGAGUUCCUGGUAGUGACUGAACGGGUAGACAGCCCGCGUCUCAGAAAAAGAUACACUAACAUCCAAAAACAAGAAAAAUAAAAACCAAAUCAUUCACAUUUGCAACCCUCAAAAAUAUCUUUCAACACCAUUUGUUUGAAAACUAAAAGCAGAUAACAAAUUUUUUUUAUUCGUGUCAGCAUUAUUCCAACAACAGUGAUGCAUCUUUACUCCUGCAGUGAGAACAGAAAUACAGCCCUAUAUCGUGUUUGCUCUCUUGCUUUGAAAAUCACCUUUGUACGCAGUCUUGAAAUGACUUUGAGUUCGCUUUUUUUUUUUUUUUGUGGCACGAGCCGGCGAAAGCGAGCCUGGCAGUGGGGGGAAAGUACAAGAUACUCUGCGUGCUGACCCGUUUGGUUGCUCUGUGUUUCGUUUUUACUCACUGUUUGUUGAGGUUUAGGCACCAAGAGUACUUGCAGAGUAAGGGUUAGGCACCAAUACCAAACGACACCUCACGCAUGUCUCUGCAAUGCAAGCAGCUUUAAUUGGGGGUAGACAGAGAAAAAAAGGCCACUAUUUGACGCCCUGGACCGCCCAACUCUUGCCUCUUUUUGUGUCAGACCUAAAGCCAGACUAUUUAUCUGGAUCAGGGCUCUUCUGGGACGCAGCCGUGUGCAGGAGGGACUCACUCAGACUCCACACCAGGCACAGCGACGGUAUGACUGGGCUGAAAUCAUCAAGUAACAGAUGAUAACAGAUGCCCUGCCCCAGUAGCACAACCCCCCCUCCCCAUCAGUAGGAUCAGCAGCCAGUCAGCACCUUCCUCAGGGGACACACACACACAUGCACACACACACACUCCCUAAUGACGAUCCAGGAUGAUGAUGAUGAUGAUGUGCACACCCACGCCACUUUUUCCUACAAACCGACGGGACUUUAAGUGCCUGUAUCUAAAACCAUGGGGGGGGAGUGUGAGGGGAGGAGGGAGGGCUACUCGGAGUGAUCACUCUGUGAACAUGUUUGUUGGAUCAAAAGGAAAAAGUCUCUAAAACUGAUACAGGUGGGAGGGGGUGGGGGCGGUGGGGUGCUGGGUGUUGUCUGACUGACUCUUAAAACUGGCCCACUCCACUCAGGGAAGCCUAUUGCUGUACGUUUAUUGGAUUCACGCGCACAAACACACACAAGCAGAAAAAACAAAACAAAAAAAAGCAACAAAAAAAGAAAGGCCAACAGUGAAUGGGACUCAGUGACUACGGACACCAAAAACUGUUCACUGCCACACACACAAACCUUUUUUUGACUCUUCUCUGAGAGCUUCUGACUUUCACAUAACCUUCUGUCUCUCUGCUGUCCUGCCCUUCUUUCUCUUGUGGACCACCUGUGGAAAUAUCACGACUCUGCUCACAGACACAAGUUCAGCCCAGGGAGAUGUGAGGAGGGGAAAUGAUGAAGAAGGCUGCAGAAGAGGAGGAGGAGGAAGGGUUUUUGCAGGGGUUCCAGCAAACCGUUAACCAGCCUUCUUACCUCACCUAACAUGGCUUGUACACUGAAAAUUAUUUCCCUCAGCAGCACAGAAACUUAGUUCACCAGCUAGAGCUCGUCUAACAAUCAUAGAUAGUGUUAAACUAAACCAGCAAACACACACAUUCGCACAGCACUGCCUUCAGCAUGCUCCCUCUCCCUCGGACUGAACCUCCGGCUCUCUGUAGCGGCAUCACCCUCUCAGGUCCUGAUGGCGUGUGAGGCUGGCGGGCCUGUUAGCUACGAGUGUGAGAGCUCGAGAGAGCAGGGAGCAUCUCUCUCUCACACACACACACACACACACACACACCUGCUCACACACACACACUCUGCCUCUCUAUGCCUUGUUUUUAUAGCAUGUACAAAAGUGCAAACUGAACUCUAACAAACAUACAUACAGAUUAUAUCUUUAUAUAUUCUAAAGGAAAUUAUUAAAGAGAAGUAAACUUUUAAAAGAAGCGUUUUGAUGACGUGAUUGAUUCAGGAUUUUUUUUUUUCUGUGACAUGGUAUCAUGGAGGGAGGGCAGACUGAGGACGCGGAGGGGGCGUGGGUCAGGUUUUUUUUUUUAUUUGUUUGUUUUUCUUGUACAUUUGUUUCAUAGAUAAACGAGCCAGGGGAAAAACAGCGCAGGCCAGUCUAUCACAAGAACACGAACGGCGAGAAAAAAGAAAAAAACCCGUCAGGACUCGAGCAGACUGCUAAUGAGUCAGAUGUGUGGUUCACUCUGCUGUUCACUUUGUUUCUCGUAGCUUGCCCUUUCAGCUCGCGGCGUUCUGCUCUUUCCUGUCUGCAGUCCAGCUCGCCUCAGCAGGGUUCUCCCUGGUUUCAGCUCCCAGCCCCCCUCUGGCCUUGGGCCACCUCUGCAGGCCGCCUGGGAGUGUGUGAGGGUGUGUGAGCGGGUUAUUUGUGGAGUAGUAAUCCCGUCUCUUCUCUUAGAUCAGUUAGGGCAAUGCUCCAAAGUUCACAGCAGCUCGGGGAUGGGGUUAAUCAGUUGGAAACCCUCUCCUCAAACUAUGCAUAUUCUCACACACAUGAAACAGAUAUGUUUGUGACAUGUUUCAGCACCCAGCCAGGCGUCCGAUCGGGGGGGGGUCUGUCUCCUGCCUGGCCAGCAACAAGACGGAUCUAUAGCGGCGAGCUGUGAGAUAGAUGGCCUGCAGGCGGUCUGUGUAGCCGGGCUGAUCGAAUUUCCUCCUCAGACCCCCGUGGUCUGGACGGGAGCGUGUCACAGCCCGCACACGCACUCACACUCACACUCCCGCCAGGCCCUGUGUCUGUAUCUGAACUGACAGCUGCCUUACUUCUACUACUUCUCAUAUCUCAGCAACAGAAAGACAUCCGUCUCUCUUUCUUCUCUGCUCUCUCUCUCUUUCAUUUGCGCUUCUUGCUGUUCAUUUUUUUCCUCGCUCUGUUUCAGGCGCCGUCAGACUUCCUGCUAACGGCAGCGCGAUCUGACUGUCGCGAUAUAGCGGGGGCAAAGCGAUUGAUCGGAGUCUGGGUGAGACGCAGACUCUCCCUCAUCCUGUUUCAGGUCUGCAGACAAACAGCACAAAGAUUACAUUUCUCUAUUUAGAAGAAGGAGAAAAGGUUUCUCGGUUUAUUUUUCUGAUGUUGUGAUUGUUCUCAUUGGGUUAUUUACCUCUCCAGCUGGCAUUAUGAUGAUGAUGAUGAUGAUGAUUAUUAUUAUUGUUAUUAUUCCAUGGCUCUGUUAGCUGUUGCUUUUUAUGUUGUGUACAUCACUUUGGAUGAUGUUGAUCGACCCCAAACUCCAUUCCCUGUUUUCAAACCUUCUAGCCUCCACCCACCCCCCUUUUUCCUGUCUUUAGUUUUUGCAGAUGUAAUAUAACUAAAAUGUGUAAUAUUUGAUGCUGACAGAGAAAUAACAUCGGGUUUUGAGAGGGAGGGGCAGCGGAGGAUUAUUUGGGGGGUGGGGGAUUUUAUCCUUUUUUUUGUCUUGUAAUUUUAAUUUUAUAAUGUUACUUUUUCUCUCUCUUGCUUGUAUAUUUUUUAUCUUUUUUUUGAGGGGGGAUGUUGUAUCAUUUUAAAAGACGUGUAUUGUUUUACCAUGUAAAGGUCUAUCUUUCAGUCUUUCACCCCCCCCCAAGCAGUUACCUAACACUCAGAUGGAGACGAGAGUUAAUACCAUGAUGUAACAUUGAAUUUCUCCACUUCUUUCGUGUUUUUAUGUUAUUUUUUUCCCAAACUUGUAAUUAAGCUGUAAUCAGGGUUAAUUAAAACUGGUUAAAACCCAAUAUCAAACUCAAA